AUGUACAUUAUCAGCAUUGCUGGAAACUCGGCUGUUAUUACUCUGGUUAAGGUUGGAACUUCCCUCCAUUGUCCAAUGUAUUUUUUCAUCAGUGCCUUUGCUGCUUUAGAAAUCUCUUUUGUGUCUGUUACAAUUCCCAAACUCCUCACCAACUUGAUUGCUGCAGAUAGAAGAAUAUCUUUCACAAAUUGCUUUGUACAGUUAUGUCUUCAGUGCACUUGGUAUAACAGAGUGCUACAUGCUUGCAGUUAUGGCGUUUGA